AUGGAAACCCUCCACAUCAACAAGCCUUUCACGUUUCCUAAUGGAUCCACGAUCCGCAACCGCCUUGUGAAGUCAGCCAUGGCCGAAGGCUACAUGGAACCAGACUGCCUCCCUGGUGACGGCCUCAUCACGAACUACUCUCGCUGGGCACAGGGCGGUUGGGGCAUGCUGAUCACUGGAAAUUACAUGAUCGACCCCAAAGGCAUGUCUUUCCCGGGCAUGCUCCUCGUCAACAACGAUACCGUCUCCCGAGAAGUCCAAGUCGCGAAGCUCAAGGCCUUUGCUAGCGCCGCCCGCGCCAACGGCACCAAAAUUAUUGCGCAGCUGUGCCACCCUGGCCGUGCAGGCAUUCUCAUCCCCGGCCGCGGCGGCAAGAACAUCGCUCCCAGCCCAAUACGCAUAUCCUUUGGGGACGGCUUCAUCGCCCGCGCCCUGGCCGCGUUGAUGACCGGCACGCCACGCGAGAUGACGCGCGAAGAUAUUGACAACAUUGUGGGGAAAUUUGCCAGUGCGGCCAGGCUGAUGGCCGAGGCCGGGUUUGAUGGUGUCGAGCUUCACGGCGCUCACGGGUACCUGAUCUCGCAGUUCUUGUCUGCCGAGUCGAACCAACGGACAGACGAGUAUGGUGGAUCAGCGCUGGAUCGCACGAAAUUUGCAGUGCAGGUGAUCGAGGCGGUCAAGGCGGCUGUGCCGGACGGGUUCAUCGUUGGGAUCAAGCUUAACUCUGUCGACUAUCAGACUGACCGUAGUGCUCAGGCGACCAAGGAAGGGCACGUGAUGAACACGGAGAAGCAGCUUCAAGAGUGCGUUGAUCAGUUUGGCGCAAUCGCUGCGGCGGGAGUCGACUACGUCAAUGUCAGCGGUGGCACAAUGGAAAAUCCCCGGAUGGCCAACGGCCCACCGAAGUCGACCCGCACAAAGGCUCGCGAAGCCUUCUUUCUCAGCUUUGCUGAGUCAUUCCGUGCCUCCUUUCCUGAUGUCCCACUCAUGGUGACAGGAGGCUUCCACAGUCGCACAGGGAUGGAAGAGGCCGUGGCUGGCGGCGGGACCGACCUCGUCGGCAUUGGCCGCGGGGCUUGCGCCUGCCCGUCGCUGCCCUCCGAUGUCGUGCUCAACCCAGAAGUGGCCGACUCUGAGGCCCGUGUAGUGCUGAAGAAGUAUCCAGUGCCUUGGUGGCUGAGCUGGGGCCCACAAAUGGUUGGUGUUGGCUGGGAGAAUAAUUUCUACUCGGCUAUGAUACGAGCUCUGGGUACGGAGCAAGAGGGCAAGAAGAACUAAGCAAGACGACUUUGUUGCCGCUUGGAGGGAUUAAGCAUUGGAGUCGCCAAUCUAAGUCACUUACGUACUUUUCGUCCAUUGCUUCAGACAGAUCGCGCCAUUCGAGUCCAUGUAU